UUGCGAAAGUACGACAACCAAAACAAGCAGACGACACGGGAUAUUUCGAUCAGCUGUUUGUGUGUGUUGUUCGCAGACAGACACUGUACUAAAGAAAUCAUUGCGAUUCCAUACUCAUGUUACCAUUUAGGACUACCAAAAAGACAUUCAAGAAUGAAGAAAGCAGAAAUGUUCAAAGAAUUCCAUUGGUUGGUCAAGAUGCAAAUGACAGAUGCAAAGUACAGGUCGUAAAAGGUCGCGAUACCCACCAGGACUUUUUGAGUUUGGUCGACAGUUUUUGCUACCAGGAUUUUGACGAAUCCAGUGAAGAGCACAGGGUGAAGAGACCACGGCUAGCUCUACGUGAGGAUGAGAGGAUUCCAGUCUACAGGUUUACAGGAGUGGGGUUUUAUACAGAACAUUCCGUUUCCAAUCGACAUCAUUUUGCUGUAAAGAGGACAGAAAUGCGGGCAUACUUCAGACUUUUAGAAGAUGAUGUUAUUCAAGAAUUUCUACUGAGAGACAAUUGCAAAAGGAUAUCCGAUAAGUAUCUAUUGGCAAUGGUGUUUGCUUACUUUAAAAGGGCACAAAUGAAAACAAGGGAUUAUACAAGAAUGAACUUCUUCCUUGCUCUUUACCUCGCCAAUGACAUGGAGGAAGAUGAAGAAGAUGACAAGUACGAAAUCUUCCCCUGGGCUCUAGGUAAAAAAUGGAAGGACAGGUUCCCGCGUUUUCUCAGGAAGAAGGAUUUGUUUUGGGCUAGAAUAUCGUAUAGAGCUGUUGUUAGUCGGCGCUGUUGCGAAGAGAUUAUGGACAUCUAUCCUGACCACGUGUGUUGGAAGAGGAGCCGCCCCUUGCACCACAGCGGUGCCAUCAGGAGCUACGUGCGUGACUCUGAGGAGGAUGACGGGUACCCCCGGGGGCCCCACGCCAGCCCCCGCCGGUGCCGCGCCUGUGAGCCCUUCGACAGUCAGUACGACUCCGCCAGUCCGGACAGGGAUGAGUGGAUUUUUUCCGGCGACGACAUCUUUGACAAUUCCCAGGAAGACUCCAGAUUCGACAUGAAACCACUGAAGAAGAAUCUUCCGAGUAGCAGUACAGACUGGCCCGUGGCUGAGGAGUGAUGAGUGUUGUGUGUGAGAUUUUCUUCUCUCUAUCAUUCUUUCUUUCCCUUUAUACUGACUCCUUGAAUAUAUUAACUUUGACUGAUGCUGUUACUGUGAUAUUUGAUUAUUAUGAUGUCAUGAAAUAAAUGAGAAAUCU